AUGGCCGACUGUUCUCCUACACCCUCACCACUAGUCGUUCGAAACCAAACGUCCGAAUUAGCCGGCGAUUGUCCCAGCGACGGGCGCACCGUUGACAUCGCAGGUGGCGCCCCGCGGCGCGCUAAAUUAAAUGACAAAUUAUUUUCCCACGCAGCCUGCGCCCUCGCUAUUAAUAAGCCCGACCGCAAGCCCGCUCCGAAUUGGCGGCGAGGCCCG